ACCCGAGGGCCCUCUUCGUCCUGGCAUGGCACUUGGGGCCCUUUCUCUGCGUCCCACCUCCCCUUGCCUCUUCCCUCAGGCCAGUCCCCUCCCUCUCACCCUCCCGCCCCCACCCCCUUUCUCGGGUGCUCCUAGAGAGAGACCAAACCCCGCUGCCCAUUGACGCUGGCCCCCGCCCCCGCGGCGAGGGCUCCUAAGUGACGUCAGGCACAGAGCUGGUGAGCUGUGAGGGGCCCGGGCGUCCGGUCGGCUUCUCUGGGGGCUGUGCGGAUUCUGGGGACUUCGGAGCCAGGCAUUACGGGCAGAUCCAGGAGGAAGGGGAGCCAUCCUUCCACUUUUGUAAUUUCUGCUACUUGAGCUCAGAUGACCAGCUCAGGCCUGGGAAGGUGAUAGGAGGAGAGAAGAUUUUAUUAAAAUCAGGAGAGCCAUUUCAGAGCCCUUGCUGAUUUCACCAUGCCAGUUGCCGCCACCAACUCUGAGUCUGCCAUGCAGCAAGUCCUGGACAACCUGGGAUCCCUCCCCAAUGCCACGGGGGCAGCCGAACUGGACCUGAUCUUCCUUCGAGGCAUUAUGGAAAGUCCUAUAGUGAGAUCCCUGGCCAAGGCCCACGAGCGGCUGGAGGAGACGAAGCUGGAGGCCGUGCGGGACAACAACCUGGAGCUGGUGCAGGAGAUCCUGCGGGACCUGGCGCAGCUGGCCGAGCAGAGCAGCACGGCGGCUGAGCUGGCCCGCAUCCUCCAGGAGCCCCACUUCCAGUCCCUCCUGGAGACGCACGACUCUGUGGCCUCAAAGACCUAUGAGACACCACCCCCCAGCCCUGGCCUGGACCCCACGUUCAGCAACCAGCCCUUGCCUCCUGAUGCGGUGCGCAUGGUGGGCAUCCGCAAGACGGCUGGAGAGCAUCUGGGCGUGACAUUCCGCGUGGAGGGUGGCGAGUUGGUGAUCGCACGCAUUCUGCACGGGGGCAUGGUGGCUCAGCAAGGCCUACUACACGUGGGCGACAUCAUCAAGGAGGUGAACGGGCAGCCGGUGGGCAGCGACCCCCGCGCGCUGCAGGAGCUCCUGCGCAACUCCAGCGGCAGCGUUAUCCUCAAGAUCCUGCCCAGCUACCAGGAGCCCCAUCUGCCCCGCCAGGUAUUUGUGAAAUGCCACUUUGACUAUGACCCAGCCAGAGACAGCCUUAUCCCCUGCAAGGAAGCCGGCCUGCACUUCAAUGCUGGGGACCUGCUUCAGAUUGUAAACCAGGACGAUGCCAACUGGUGGCAGGCGUGCCACGUAGAAGGGGGCAGCGCUGGGCUCAUCCCCAGUCAGCUACUGGAGGAGAAGCGGAAAGCCUUUGUCAAGCGGGACCUGGAGCUGACACCCACCUCAGGGACCCUGUGCGGCAGCAUUUCAGGAAAGAAAAAGAAGCGAAUGAUGUACUUGACCACCAAGAAUGCAGAGUUUGACCGCCAUGAGUUGCUCAUUUAUGAGGAGGUGGCCCGCAUGCCCCCCUUCCGCCGGAAAACCCUGGUGCUGAUCGGGGCUCAGGGUGUGGGCCGGCGCAGCCUGAAGAACAAACUCAUCAUGUGGGAUCCGGAUCGCUACGGCACCACAGUGCCCUACACGUCCCGGAGGCCCAAGGACUCAGAACGGGAAGGCCAGGGUUACAGCUUUGUGUCCCGUGCGGAGAUGGAGGCUGACAUCCGUGCUGGGCGAUACCUGGAACAUGGUGAAUACGAGGGCAACCUGUAUGGCACACGUAUCGACUCCAUCCGGGGCGUGGUCGCUGCCGGCCGGGUGUGUGUGCUGGAUGUCAACCCCCAGGCAGUGAAGGUCCUGAGAACAGCUGAGUUUGUCCCUUAUGUGGUGUUCAUCGAGGCCCCUGACUUUGAGACCCUGCGAGCCAUGAACCGGACGGCGCUGGAGAGUGGGGUGUCCACCAAACAGCUCACGGAGGCGGACCUGAGACGGACAGUGGAGGAGAGCAGCCGCAUCCAGAGGGGCUACGGGCAUUAUUUCGACCUCAGUCUGGUCAAUAGCAACCUGGAGAGGACCUUCCAUGAACUCCAGGCCGCCUUGGAGAAGCUGCGCACGGAGCCCCAGUGGGUGCCCGUCAGCUGGGUGUACUGAGCCUGUUCUCCUGGACCUCGGCCCUCUGGGUUGUGACCCAGAACCCUGAAUCCGUCCCCUUCCCAACCGUGAGCCCCAGCCAUGAUCCUCAGCUCCCGUUCCCGGCACUCUGGCUCUAUCCCUGGGUCAUGGCCCCGAGUCUGGCUUCAGCGCAGGAGGCGUGCACUGCCAGGGAGGUGGGUGUUCGUGGGGCACCUCUGUGCCCAGGUGCUACCCACUCCCGACGUUCACUGGCCACCAGAUGUCCCUCGCUGAGGGCCAGGCCGUGCCCCGGAGUGUCGGAAUCGCCUCCAUAAUGCUCAGUCCAGAGAAGAGAAAAGCUGCUUUGGGACCACGUGGUCAGUAGGUACACUGUCCCCACCCCUCUCGCCAGUCACUUUUUCUCCUCUGGACUGGCCACCCUGACCCCACUCCUGGGCUGCUCCUACUUCUUGCCCCUGCAGCCUAGGGGCAGGCCUUAGGCUGGUUCCCUGUGGCCAGGGGGGUACGCAGCCCCCCGGCGGCUAGGCAAGCCCAGGCGGCGCCGCCAGCCUUGUGCCAUCCCGAAGGCUGGAGGAGCCGAAGCACCAGCCAGUUGCCGCCGCCAGGGAGCAACGCAGUCCUCUGCCCCCUCGGAACGGGGCCGGCUCCCUGUCCUUCCCUCAUGCACAGCUUUUCACUGCCGAAGUCUCUCCACAGACUUCUCCAAUGUGCCCCUGACAGGCCAGCUCUGCUCCCCGCAGGGCAAGGGCGGCAGGGGGCUGCGGGCUCAGCCCAGGCAGGGGUGGGCUGGAGGCCGAGCCCUGUGACGAGGAGCCUGACGGGAGAGCUCCCGGCCCUCUGUGGCCCGUGGUGGGGGCGCGUCUGGGCUCCCUGUCUGUGGUCAUUGUCCAUUUUGGUCUCUGUGGCCGGGUCCAGCUGCCCACUCACAUGAGGGCGGCCUGGGCGCUGAGGAAAGGGGAGGGCUGGGCCACGGGGCAUGGCCUUGGAGGACGUUUGCGCCCCAGCAGACUCCCCGCACAACGCCAGGGGGCGCCAUCCACACUGUAGUCUCCACAGCUUACGGUUCCGCAGGCUGCGGUGCCUAGUCUGUGUUUCUGCCACUGGUGUGUGUGUCAGGCUUAGUUUUUGGAGAGGGGAAGCAAAGGGUUGUUGUGCUUUGGAGGUCACUCUUUGGGGCCCCGUUUUUGGGCUCCCCAUCAGCCCCCCAUUUCUUAUGAGACCCUUUUCCCAGAUUCCAGAGGCUUGGCCCUUCCCAGAUGUCUUCCUCCGCUCUCCUGUUGCCCCCGACCCUCAAUGCCACCCUCCAGUCCUUGAGGAGGGCAACUGUGUAAAAUAGGAGAAUCCCUUUUUUAAAAAGUAUGCUGUCCUUGACUUCCCCAGACAUCUCACCCCUCAUCCUUCUCUGUGACCCUUCCCGGGGUGAACCUGUCCUUGUAGGGGACCCCCCCAUGACCGCCCCCCCAGCCCUUGUGCUCCCCAGUUCUUCUGUCUAAUCAGUCUUCGCUGCAGUGUCAGCCAAGCUGGCCCCUGAGCCACUGUGUGCCCAUUUCCUAGGGAAGGGGAGGGAGAAGAAACAGAAUAUUUAUUACAAAGUCAGAAAUAUAUUUAUUAUAUUAGGGAUCUCAUUUGCAUUUGCCUAGGAUAUGCAAAUGAGAUGUAAAGGUCAAGUCUACUUCCAUCUCAUUUGCAUAGCUCUGCAUCCACUAUGCAGUCAACUUUAUGUUCCUCUUUUCCCUUUAGUCAAUGUUCUUUUAAUUUAUCCUCAAUUCUGCUCUCCCUUGCUUUACCCUCACCCUCAACCCAAGGGGACUGGGAGUGGGAGGAAAAUGAGGUGUUCUCGCGCUGGCCCAGGGCCAUGGGGUACUUUGUUCAUCCCCACCUCACCCGGGAGACUGGGGAAUAGAGGCAGCUACCCCCUCCCCCUUGGUUAACCUCCAAAGCGCUCUGAUUAGAAGACCAUCCUCUUUGAUGAGAGGUGGGGCUGGGCACCUUGCUGAAGGGUUGGCACAUGGCCCUUCAGGGUGAAGCUCCAGUUACUGUUCUGGCACCUUCACCUCUGGUGAUGCCUGUGGGUUGGGCCCCUCCUUUCCCAUCUCUAUUCCUCUCUGAACAGCAUUCUACCUCCCCUGCCUUAGCCGUACUCCGGGGACCCGUACUGGGUUGGAAUGGGUGUGUGUGCCCACCGCGUUAGCCCUCGGGCUCCAUCCUCCCUCUUCCCACUGUGGAUGCUUGUAUUGAGGAACCUCAGGAUAAUAGGACCCUGCCCCCCGUCCACACUCAGUCCCAGCCCAGCUGUCCUCCCCCCGUCCCAUCUCUCAGCCAUCCAGUUCUUGAGCUUUCUCUCUGAUUGGUUUUCUUUUUCUUUGAUUAAAUGUGAAAGCAAAGCUUCUGGGCUCUGUUUGUCUUUCACUGGGGUCGGGU